AUGUCCCCCUCCCCCAGCACACCCCACACACUCUCAGAAGCAGCCCAGACAGUCACGCCCACCGCCAGCACCAAAGCGUGUGUGAAGCCAGCAGUGGCCAGGAGGAUCUUUGGUGGACAGAACGCACCUGACUGGUGAUGGCCGUGGCAGGCCAGCCUCCUCUACCGCGGCAGGCACAUCUGCAGAGCCACCCUCAUCGACGCCUUCUGGGUGGUCUCAGCGGCCCACGGCUUCCAAAAGUCCCACGAUGCAUCAGACUACUGGAUCCUGCUUGGGUACCAUCAGCUGCGAAAUCCCACUGAGCACAGCCUGCAUGCGGCAGUGAAUAACCUGAUCAUCCACGCGGAGUUUAACAAGCCCUACUUCAUGGCGAGGGACAUUGCCCUGUUGCAACUGCACCUGGCUGUGAAUUUUACUCCCUACAUGCUCCCUGCCUGCCUCCCAGGGCCUAGCUUGCACAUACGUAUUCAUACCACCUGCUGGACCACCGGCUGGGGUAUGUGCACUGAGACCGAAUUCCUGCCUGCGCCCUUACAGUUGCAGGAGGGAAAGGUUGGCAUCAUGGACCCCAACAUCUGCAGCAUGUAUUUCCGACCGCCCGACUCCACCAGCAGCCAGUAUGCUGUGUGCCGGGGACCUCUUGAUGGGAAAGUCCACUUGCCAAAUGGCGCAUCCCACACGCAGCUCGCACUGUUGGCCGCGUCGCUGUGGAGUGCCCCGCUGCGUGAACAUCCUGUGAUCCUCUUCAUCCACUCUGGCUCCGGGCACGUUUGGGUAGUUCCCACUGGAGACCGUUGCAAAGCCCUGCUGUGA